AUGGACUACUUUGCAGGGGCACCUGGCGCGGCACCCCCCCGGCUGCGCGCCCCAACGGCGGCGGCAUUUGAGGCCGCCGCCCGCUCCGGCAAGGUGCUCAUCUUGGAAAAUGCCUCCAGUGGCGCUGCCCUGGAAGGUUGGACAUGUGAACGUCUCGCUCAGGAGUUUCCAGAGGCGAAGAUGCGCCGGGAGUACGACUGGGUAAAGAACCCACAGGAUCGGAACACCCAGGAGAUGGGCAAGGUAGCCUGGGCUUCCUCCCUGGAGCAUGGGGAAGAUGCCCAGGAGCGGCUGCGACAGGACCCAGAGUCUCCUCCGUUUGCACCCUUUUACUGGGGUGUGCGGGAGCACGGCAAAGGCGACUUAGGAUCCAAGAAGGUGGUGAAGCGCAUUCGCCAGCUCAUCAAGGAAUCCAUCCCACCAUUUAUGGACCCUCAGAAUGCCGAGUCCCUCUUCAACAAUGCGGAGUUCUGGCUUGGUGCUAAGGGAACCGGGGCAAGGGCCCACAUGGAUUCGCACUGUAUCAGCACGCUGAGCGUGGUGCUCCAUGGGGAGCGGCGCUGGCGCAUAGGGCCAGUGCCACGGCUGCCGAAAGGAGCAGGGCGGUCGCCUGACGACGAAGUGGUCUUCGAUGAUGGCGUAGCCUACAAGCUUGGCUGGAAGCCAAUGUUCGAGUUCACAGUGAGGGAAGGUGAGGCGGUCCUCUUUCCUCCAGGCUGGAUACACGAGACAUUGAACACCGCAGACGAUUGUACGGUUGCUCUUACAACGCAGUUUGACCUUCCCAUGCCAGUGCGGUACUACCGAUCCUUCUACCAGCGUCUUAGGCGCAUCGGUGACUUGUACGGCUGCUGGCGUGAUAUGGUGAGCUGGGCAGGUGCAAAUGGUGCAAAAGUUCCCAAGCCAGGUGAUGCCACAGCAAUGGCUGAAAGGGCCUACAACGACAUCGAGCAGAAGAGGCGAACCCUCAAGCCGAAGGAGGUUGACUUCUUCGAUCUGGACGAGGAUCAAAAUGUCACAAGGGAGGAGUAUGUGCAGACCUUCGCAGCCUGGGCUGCAACAGAGCUGGCGAUAAGAAAGGAGAAGCGCAAGCAUGUCCCGAAGUGCGACAUGAGCUGGGAUGACAAGGCCGCACGAUGUUGUAGUUUCGAGGCUCGCAGGUAUCCUUUCCCAAUGCCCAACCUGUCGGAGGUGCUUCGAAGCAUGGAGGACUGGGCCGCCUACGCGGCGGCUCUUCAGGCCCUGGGGGUGCCCCCGUCAGCGCCAGCACCUGUCGUCCCAGGAGCCGCGCCUGUGGCUGCCGCCCCAUUUGCGGGAACAGCAUUUGUGCAACCCAUCGCUCCAUCAGUGGGGGUGUCACCCGCGCCGCUGGCGGCGCCAUUUGCGCAGCCGGCAGCAGCACCUGUGGCUGCCGACCCCGGCACCACUGCUGCCAUCGCUGCAGCCCUCGCGCUUAUACAGCCCCAACCGCAAGCGCAAGCGCCUCCCAUAGCAGGUGGUUAUGGCGCAAUUCGGCCGGUCCAUGCAGCUCCUCACGCUGCCCCAUACGCUCGGGCACCUACUGCGCCAUCGCCACCUCCAGCUCAGACGGCUGUGCCUAGCAUCCCAGGUCUGGAUCCUGCGACGCUAGCUGCCAUUACUGCUGCUCUGGGUCUUGGAGGGCAGCCGGCCCCCACACCAGCAACGACAGCAACAACUGUGCUGCCGGCGCUGAACAACCUGCCGGGGCUGCAGGGGCUGGACCUGGGAAAUCUGGCAGGCCUUGCAAACAUCCCGGGGUUGGGGCAGCAAGGGCUGGAUGCCCGACCGCCGAGGAAUCCUCCAGGCGUCAUCGGCCGCAGGCCCAAAGCCAAAGCAGCCAGCCAUGUGCAAAUUCCUCGACUUACAGACGAGGAGGUUGCCAACCCAGGAGCGUUGCUUGAGGCAGCAGAUUCCCGCAAUGAGGGCCGAUGUAGAGCGCUGGUGCUGCACUCGAGUUUUCGGGGCAUCAAUGAGAAGCUCAAGGAUGGCCGCACGGCCCUGCAUGUGGCCAUGCUCCGAAAGCUCCCAGAGGACCUGUGCUUGGCCAUCGCCAUGCACAAGGAUUUCAAUGAGGCCAAUGCUGUCGACACCUUCGGCUACACCUUGCUGAUCCUUGCAGCCUCGAAGGGCAUGUCGCAGGUGUGCAAUGCUAUUCUCGACCGGGAUGACUUUGUCGGCGUCAAUGCGCAGGACAAAUGGGGGGCCACUGCCUUGCACUGGGCCGCAGACCAGGACUUGGCCGAUGUUUGCGAGAAGAUUCUGUCGCACCCGGAGUUUGUUGAGGGCAACCGCCGAGCCUGGAGCUUCGCCUUUGAAGACAAGACCGCUCUGGAUGUGGCCCUCCAUCGAAACUGUAAGGCAGCCGCCGAUGUGAUCCGUCGACAUGUAGGUCCACCCAGGUAA